UAAGAGCAAUACUUCGUUCAACCUCGUUUACGUCGUUUCUGGAAGCUUACGGAAACACGCCACGUCUUCCUGCAAGCACUCUCACAUGAAAAACGAAUUUGGCAGAACCAUUACUUCACAAAAUUUCAAAUACUCCUUUUUCAUCGGAGAUCGGAAAAGUUUUUUUUUCCGGCAAUGGUGAAUUCUCGCAAACGGAAAAGGUACAAUCUGGAGUACAGAGCGAGCGAUGAUGACUCAUGGUAUAGUGUACGACUCGUAAUGAAAGGCCAAACAAUGACUGUGAAGUAUGAGGGGUAUACGCAGGAAUAUGACGAGGUUUUUCAUGCUGGAGAUUUCAAGUCGAAGGAGGAGGUUGAUGAGCUGGUUAAGAGGUUUAGGUCUGUGUCACCUCAGAUGCAGGACAGCGAAUGUGGUAGUCUCAAGGAAGGGAUGAUUGUCUGUGUUGGAUGUAACGCUUUCGGCGGGGAGGACAUGCUGUUCUACGACGCUGUUAUUGAAGCGAUACACAAUGUGGACCAUUCAUUUUGCAAUGGAGAGGAAGAGUGUUUAUGCACAUUUGUUAUAUCCUGGUUUCAUGGUCCAAAGAAAGGAUAUUUAACCGAGACCGGAAUUGAAGGCAUGUGUAUUCUAAAAGGUGUUGCUCAAGUUGGUCCGAAAAUAGCUUCCUUCUUGAAAUUGGUGAACCGGAAUCUUGGAAAAUCAUCUUGCAUGUUGAUUGCUGCUUCGAGGUAUGAGGUUUCUGCGUCUGAAGGAUCAUCUUGUGUAAAUGGGGGCAGUAAUUUGUCUAUGAUUUCAUCAUCUGAGGGAAUAAAUAAUGUCAAGAGUAUUGUUGCUGUGACAACAGGAGCAACAAACAGUAAAUAUAGCAGGCUUUUGGAAGAUGACAAAGAUCUUGGAGGGCAAUGCCCAAGUUCCCAUUAUAUGUUUAUUGAGAACUUUGAGAGAAACUUAUUGCCAUCAUCGUUUAGGGAUUUUAUAUAUGAACAUACUUCUGUUCCAUCACAAGCAUACAUUUUACCAUGUCCGUUCAUGCCAUAUGCGAGAGGUAUUAUUGUGGUAGAUUCUGAAGAUAAGCGUCAGAAGAUACUCCAGUUUUUGGAUAAUCCAGCCCACCUUAUUGUGUCCUCAACUGGAAGGCCAUUGGUUAUAACUGAAAGAAAUUUAAGGCACGGCAUGAUUAAGAUGUGGUCAGGAAGCUACGAACCUCAGGAUAUGUGUCUAGUAAUGGACAAAGAUCUGAUGGUGGUCCAUUCAGGAUCAGAAGCUUAUGAAAGAGCAAAGAAGUUAAAAGAUUUAUUUCUAGAGUUCACGAGUCAUCAACGGCUGCUCUAUAAGAAGUUCUCUGUGGAAGAGAUGAUGCUUUUGCAGACACAACAACAGUUCAACCAGAUCAUACAUGUGUAAAAAUUGGUAUAUAAUGGUAUAUUGCUCGUGCAUAUUUCGGUCAUUGCAACAUGUACAUUCUCUGAAGAGAAGCUGUCAUUUGUCUAUAACAUUAGAAGGUUGGAAAAGAAGCUAUGUUUAUCUAUAUAACCUUAGAAGUUUUAGCCUUUUUAUAUUUAAGGAGUUCACUUUCAACUCUCCUAAAAAGCUGAAUCUGGUAAAAGUCAUGUUCACUGAGCUUCUUGUAAUAAAGUAGAAAUGCUACACAUGAAUUUUGUAUACUUUUGUGAAGAAGAAUUCGGCAAAAGCCUUCCCAAAUAUGUUGGGUAAAUUUGAUAUUCUUAA